AUGGCGGACGAUGAUGAUGCAUGGCUGGUGGCGGGUACCAUCAUUAUCCUUGCGCCUGAUGCGACGACAUGGGAAGGUGACGAAGAUGACAUCUAUGGCGCAGGCAUGGAACCGCGGUGUCUGCGCAAGCAAUUAGGCGACCAGAAAUGCAAAUACAAACGCUGGGGUUCGCGCUGUAACCGCUUCCAAUGUCUGAGCAAGAACAAGCAAGCCCGGGCUCGAGUUCGCAUGCGCCGCGAGGGUGGCUGUCAAGCAGCCGAGCUGGCCUCGGGUCUCCGCACCAAGUGGACGUCCGGCCGCCAUUGCCCUGAUCUUCAGAAUUUCCAACCCAAGGACCGGCCUGCAAACAAAAGACAGCAAGCAGUGCUCUCGCAGCCAAAACCAAGUGGCCAGAAAAGCUCGCAGCCCGUUCUGUCGCUCACCAGUGCGAUGUUUGGUGCCAAGCAGGGAACGCUACUUGAAGCUGAAGACGAGGCUCUACUAAAGUGGGUUCGAGACCAGCAAUGCCUCCAACACUAUGAGCCCAGGCUGUGUGAGUCCAUGUCACCACAAUCGCUUGACGGAGAAACCGGCGUCAAGCUCAAUCGUCGCCGCUCGCGGCGAGCUGCUCGUCUCCAAGACCAGAGCACUAUUGCGACACGGGUGGAACUGUACCUCGACACGAUGCGAGUGGAUUUUGAGCAAAAGUUGGCUGAGAAGGGGCACUGUAGCCCGAUCAUCAAGCGCACAGAGGUCCUGCAAGAGCGCAUGUCGCAGCUGUGCCACGCUAUAGCCAGGGCACCUGCCCGAAAGGUCAUGGGGAUCAAGGACUACAACCCCCAACUUCGCAAGUCGAAGCAAAUCAAGUGGCUUCGUCGCAAGGGGGAGAAUCGCUCCUCCACUGCCGAUGCCGGACCGGCGGGCAUUGUGCAGACCUAUCAUGGUACCGUGAGCGUUUGUGCCAGCUCGAUCACCAAGGAAGGGCUCAAACUGCCCGGAUCAAGCUCUCAUGUGACCAUGCGCAAUGGCCAGUGUUAUGGAUCCGGCAUUUACAGCGCAAAAGACUUGGGCAUGCCUCUCACUUAUGCGCGAGGUUCACAGGCGUCUGUGUUUUGCUGUGCGCUCUUUGCCGGCGAGAGAUCAGUCAGCACACAUGGCAACAUCUAUGUUAGUGUAUCUGAACAUGCCAUCAUUCCCAUUUGGCAGGCCGUCUUGAAAUGA